AUGGUUCCUCCGGAUGGUAAAUUAGAACAUGAUUUUGAGGAUGAAAGCCUUGCCGGUCCUAUGGAUGUGCCGAUAAAGUCUAUCGGUCUGAAUGGAAUUCAACAUGAUUCUAUUUCUGCUAUCGAACGAACAGAUUGUAUCAUGAAAACUAACUUCUGGAGGAGCUUGAAAAUAAUAUUAUUCACAGCCAAGAUAAACAUAUUGGUGCCUUUUGGACCUCUAGCGGUCUUGAUCAGCUAUACUACCCAUGAUAAAGGCUUGGUGUUCCUUUUCAGCUUGUUGGGCAUUAUUCCCUUAGCCGAGCGUUUAGGUUUCACGACCGAGCAGUUAGUAUUUUUCACAGGAGCAACAGCCGGGGGCCUCUUGAAUGCUACUUUUGGAAAUGCAACCGAGUUGAUAAUAUCAGUCCAUGCACUACAAAGUGGGAUGAUACGAGUAGUGCAACAAUCACUAUUAGGAUCUAUUUUGUCGAACAUGUUGCUUGUUCUCGGGUGUGCCUUCUUCUGCGGAGGGAUUGUUUUCAUGAACAAGGAUCAAGUUUUCGAUAAGGCAAAUGCUAUAGUGAACUCUGGGCUGCUUCUAAUGGCAGUAAUGGGUUUAUUGUUCCCUGCUGUUCUUCAUUAUACACAUACCGAAGUACAUUACGGCAAGUCAGAAAUUGCACUUUCGAGAUUUAGCAGCUGCAUAAUGCUUGUGGCUUAUGCUUGUUACAUCGCUUUCCAGUUAAAAAGCAGUAAUGAUUCCUACGAUCCCAUAAACGAGGAAGGAUGUGAAAAUGGGGGGAUCCUAGAAGAUGAAGAAGGCGAAGCUCCUGAGAUAUCGAAAUGGGAAGCCAUCAUAUGGCUUGCAAUUUUGACAAUUUGGAUCUCAGUGCUAUCUGACUACUUGGUGGAUGCAAUUGAGGGUGCUUCAAUUGCGUGGAACAUUCCUAUUUCUUUCAUCAGUGUCAUUUUGCUCCCUAUUGUUGGCAAUGCUGCCGAGCAUGCAAGUGCUAUUAUGUUUGCCAUGAAAGACAAACUUGACAUUUCUCUUGGAGUUGCUAUUGGGUCCUCUACUCAAAUUUCUAUGUUUGGGAUUCCUUUUUGUGUGGUGGUGGGAUGGAUCAUGGGACAACCCAUGGACUUGAACUUUCAACUUUUUGAGACAGCAACUUUGUUUAUAACUGUAUUGGUUGUUGCCUUCAUGCUUCAGGAGGGAACUUCUAACUAUUUCAAAGGUUUAAUGUUGAUUCUUUGCUAUCUGAUUGUAUCUGCCAGCUUUUUUGUACAUGUUGAUCCUUCUCCUGCUAAUGUGGCUGGUUUUUACGCUGCUCUAAUUGAUGAAGAGCUACGUUUGGAAGAAGCCAAACUUCAUGCUAAAGAGCAAGAGCUUCUUGCUGCACUUAAUCAACCCUCCUCAAUUGAAGUUUCGGUUCCUCUAGUCGAAGCUUCCAGCUCUCAGGUGGUUCUUGAAGUUCCUGAAGGCCUUCCUGCAGAAACUUCUGCUAUCCCUUUGCCAGCUGCUUCUUCAUCAGUAGCUAUUGCUUCCUCACCUGUCACUUCCCUUCCAACUAUCGAGCUUACAUCCCCUCGAUGGGUGGCCAAUAUGGGUUUGACUCGACUAAUGCACAAUGUAUAUUAUGAAAAUGAGAAACUCAAACAACAAGUUGCUGAGAUGUCUUCUACCACACUUUCAGAAGAAUCUAGGAAACAGUAUGAAAUCCAACUGGAGAGCCUUCAAUCUCAGCUUAAAUCAACUAUGGACCUCAACACUGAGCUAUCUUCCAAAUUAGAGAAGCAAAUUACUGAGACAAACAAGUUGAAGUCUGAUUAUGAGUCUACUUUAGCUGACAAACUCAAAGCUCUACAUUUGAAAGAUGAUGAGAUAGCUUCUUUAAGCGCCUCCUUGAACACAGGUAAAACAGAGGCCUCUACUAAAGAUACUGAAUUGAAGUCUUCCCAGACAUCUCUAGUUGUUUACAAAGCUGGUGAAGAUGGUCAUUUCAAGGAGCGGGCUACCACUCUAAUCAGUUUCUUCUUCCAAUCUGUUUAA